UUGCGUAGUCAGAUUCUUCUUAUGGAACCAAUGCCAUCACCUGCGAAAAUCUAUAAUCAUGUAAGACAGGAAGAAGAACAGCAGGGACUCAAUUCUUCUUCCAUUCCUGCUGUGGAUUCUGCUGCCCUGAAUAUAUCUCGCAGUUACAAUUCUCGUCAGGCGAGAUCUUUUCAAAACCCUGGAAACAAUAAAUGCCAGAGGCCUUUUUGUGACCACUGCAACAAACACGGUCACACUAAGCAGACUUGUUGGAAUCCUAAUGGGUACCCAAAAGACUUGCCCAAGCCAAGAGAUUCAGAGCCUCAUGUGAUUGCUGCUAUCACUCAACCUCCGACUGCUGCACCGGCUAUAAGCGCUGCUCAAUAUGCACGCCUCUUAACUCUUCUUGAAGCUGAUAACGAUGGCACUGAUGUGGCACCAUAUGCCAAUUUUGCUGGAUCGUUAAACCACCAAAGUGAUUGGAUGGAGUAAGCAAGUGGCAGGCCUAUAUCACUUUUGUUUUCAACCAUUUUCUUUAUCUUUAGCUGCAAAUAAGCCUUUUGAUAAAUGGCACUGUCGUCUAG